GCGGCCCAGCAUUCCUGGCUGGGAGCCCGGAGCACUCUUUUGUAAUCACAACAUGAUCUCUUGUGCUGAGCAGAGAAGCUGAAGCCGGCGGGGAGAGGCCGACAGGCCCGGCUCUGGUGGCUCCAGCUUCCCUCCAGCUCUGGCUCCGAGGAGCUGCUUCGGAAUUCUCUCAGGGCCUGCUAUUUUCAUGCAUUUGGCUGGACCUCACAGAGCCGAGUCCACAAUGCGCAGGCACGAGGAAAAAGAUGCUGAGCUGGACCGUAGGAUAGUUGCCCUGCGCAAGAAGAACCAGGCCUUACUGCGCAGGUACCAGGAGAUCGAGGAAGAUCGUCGCCAGGCCGAGCAGGGGGGCAUGGCUGUGACCACACCAGCGCUCUUCCAACCCGACGGUCUCACAGUCACCAUCAGCCAGGUUCCUGGUGAGAAGAGGGUGGUCAGCAGAAACUGGGUCAGGGUGCCCCCUUCCCCUGGGAUGACUGGCGCCUUGACAGAUGAGGAUGCUGCAGACUCGACGGGCGUUUUCUGCAUGGGGGACCGGGUGGAACUAGCUGUGACCAUGGAGAACAAAGCCAAGGCCAAGCGGAUCGUAAGUGAAAAACCCACCACCCCAGCAAGGAACCCAAGGGCCAAGGGGACAUCUGGAGGCGGCCGGGGCCAGAGUUCUCCCCUGCAGGGUGUUCCGGAGCCCCGGAGUCCAGGCGUGGCCCCAGGCCCACCUCCCCAGCAGCCCGCGGGACCGCCCGCAGAGGCCAGGGAUGACUACAGGCAGUGGAAACGGGAGCGGGAGCAGAUCGACCUGGCCCGCCUGGCCCGGCACAGAAAUGCACAGGGUGACUGGAGCCGCCCGUGGGACCUGGACAAAGCCAAGCCCAUGCCACAGGACAGCAGCAAGCCUGGAGACAAGGACUCGGCCAUAGGCAGAAAGGGUCCCAGGACCCACCAGAAGCCACAACUUCCCCCACCAUCCAUGGAUGGAAAACGUCGGGGUGGACCAUCUGGAAGACCCUCAGUGACAUCCACCAUAGUCAGCAAAGCCCAGGGGAAGGAGAGGCUGACUGGCAGGGCCCGAAGGUAUGACCUGAAGGAAGAGGAGAAGCUGCAGAGCCAGGAGGGAAGCCAGAGCACCACAAAGACUCCCAGUGCAGAGGAAGGACAUGUACCGAAGCAGGGUGAAAUGGAACCAGGCAGACAGGAGACCGUGCCUGCAACCAGUCUGGCUCUGGCCUCCCCAGAGGGGCUAAAAGGGGAGUCAGGAAACUCUACAGCUGGUUUGGCCCUAGACUCCCCACAAAAUUCUGACUUGGCUCCCCUUGACCUCUCUCUAGGAGGAGCUUGCAUCCCCAAGCCUGGAGAAAGCACAGAUAGGCUCAGUCCAAAGUGCGGGGCUCUGGAAAGUCCAGGGCCACAGCCAAAUGGUUCUGAGCAGCGGACCCUGGUGUGGGAUGACCACCAGCCUGGGCUGGAAGUCCACACUUAUGCCGAGUCACAGGGAGAAGCAGAGGUCUCAGAACCCAAGGAGGACAGGGCUGGUAAGGCUGGGGCCCAGCAGAGCCUGGCACCAAGAAGCAGGCCCCCGAGAGGAACUGGCCAAAGGACAAGAGGCACAAGUAGGAGAACCAGGGCAGGCGGUCCUGGCCCUGCAGGGAGAUGCUGAGCAAAGCUCCUGGAGUCGGGGAGCCAGGCUACGGAGGGGAGAGUUCAGUCCUGAGUCUUUGGUGUGGCAGGAGUCUGGCUGCUGUGGCUUGUAACUUUUUGGUCGAGCAGUGUGGCAAAAUUCCGCAGGGACACCACGCGAGGGCCUCUUAUGCACAUCUCUCUACACAAGUGGGUUUUUACAUGUAGGCAAGGCCCCUGGUGUAUUUGCCAGGCUGGGAUCUCUUGUUUAAGGAUGGUAUCCUUGGACUGGGCCUACUGCUACCUAGGAUAGGCCUUUCCCACAAAGCAAGAGUUGGUAGUACCCCAGAACGUGGGUCUCCUGGCUCCCUGUCAUUCCUCAUUGCCAGGUUUCCCUCCCCAGGCACAGUCUUCAGGUGCCUCAACUUUAGACCGUCUCAGAGCUGGUGUGGCCAGCCCAGCCCCUUUCUGACACCCAUGCCUUUCAUCCAGGUGGCUCACGGUCCUGGUCUUCCAAGAUGGCCAAACCGGGAUUUCAAUAAUCGCCUGAGGCCCAGAGAAAGUGGGUUGAGACUCACGGCUGACAGGAACAAGGGUGGAGUGGAAGAAUAGAAUCCUAGGCUUCUUGGGGGGAAAGGAGGCAUUGCCGGGCCUCUUCUCUGACCUGGGCUAGGCUUCUCUUGUCCAUGGCCACAGGAGAAUGGGAGAGCUCACUAGCAGGUACUGAGCCUGCCUCUUCUAUAUCCAGAUCAGACAUCAUGGGCGCCCUGAAUGGACCCUGCAGCCCAGGGCCAUUUCCUGACUUCUCUUCCUUCUGCAUUUCCCCUCACCAGGGCCGUGCAAAAGCAAGCACACAGAGAUAAAGGAGUAGCAACCGCAGCUAAGUACAGCAUCAGGAGGUGUCUUUCUAACUCAGGCUCCAUGCAGGCCCCUCCCAUGAGGCCCACGUCUGGUGAAUUAUCCAGACUCUGCACAAGCUGUGGCUCCCUUUCAAUACAACAAACAUUUCCUGAG